AUGUACGGGGCGGCGGGGCCCCCGGCGCGCAGCGCCUCGGCGCCGUCGGUCCGCUCGGCGCGGCGGCCGUCCACGCCGGCGACCGGGGUGUCUUUUAUGAAUAAUCAAAAGCAGCAAAAGCCAACGCUAUCAGGCCAGCGUUUUAAAACCAGAAAAAGAGAUGAAAAAGAGAGGUUUGACCCUACUCAGUUUCAAGACUGUAUUAUUCAAGGCUUAAGUGAAACUGGUUCUGAUUUGGAAGCAGUAGCAAAGUUUCUUGAUGCUUCUGGAGCAAAACUUGAUUACCGCCGAUAUGCAGAAACACUCUUUGACAUUCUGGUGGCCGGGGGAAUGCUGGCCCCAGGUGGUACACUGGCAGAUGACAUGAUGCGUACAGAUGUCUGUGUGUUUGCAGCACAAGAAGACCUAGAGACCAUGCAAGCAUUUGCUCAGGUUUUUAACAAGUUAAUCAGGCGCUACAAAUACCUGGAGAAAGGUUUUGAAGAUGAAGUGAAAAAGCUGCUGCUGUUCUUAAAGGGUUUUUCGGAGUCGGAGAGGAACAAGCUGGCUAUGUUGACUGGUGUUCUUCUGGCUAAUGGAACACUUAAUGCAUCCAUUCUUAAUAGCCUUUAUAAUGAGAAUUUGGUUAAAGAAGGGGUUUCAGCAGCUUUUGCUGUAAAGCUCUUUAAAUCAUGGAUAAAUGAAAAGGACAUCAAUGCAGUAGCUUCAAGUCUUCGGAGAGUCAGCAUGGAUAACAGACUGAUGGAACUUUUUCCUGCCAAUAAACAAAGCGUUGAACACUUCACAAAGUAUUUCACUGAGGCAGGCUUAAAAGAGCUUUCAGAAUAUGUUCGGAAUCAGCAAACCAUAGGAGCUCGGAAAGAACUCCAGAAAGAGCUUCAAGAGCAGAUGUCCCGUGGUGAUCCAUUUAAGGAUAUAAUUUUGUAUGUGAAGGAGGAGAUGAAAAAAAACAACAUCCCAGAACCGGUUGUCAUUGGAUUAAUCUGGUCCAGUGUAAUGAGCACUGUGGAAUGGAACAAAAAAGAGGAGCUUGUAGCAGAGCAAGCCAUCAAGCACUUGAAGCAAUACAGCCCUCUCCUUGCUGCCUUUACUACUCAAGGUCAGUCUGAGCUGACUCUGUUACUGAAGAUUCAGGAGUAUUGCUAUGAUAACAUUCAUUUCAUGAAAGCCUUCCAGAAAAUAGUGGUGCUUUUUUACAAAGCUGAAGUCCUGAGUGAGGAACCCAUUCUGAAGUGGUACAAAGAUGCACAUGUUGCAAAGGGGAAAAGUGUCUUCCUUGAACAAAUGAAAAAGUUUGUGGAGUGGCUCAAAAAUGCUGAAGAAGAAUCUGAGUCUGAAGCUGAAGAAGGUGACUGA